CGCGGCGGAAGUGACGCACUGGGCUGGCUCCCUUCUCGGCGGCUGGAGCGGUGCGGCGGGGCUGCGGGUCCUUUCCCCUCACGGUUCCGCCAUGUCCGCGCCCGGAGGAGGAGGAGGAGGCGGAGGAGAGUUUGGCAACCCGCUGCGCAAGUUCAAGCUGGUCUUCCUGGGCGAGCAGAGCGUUGGAAAGACCUCCCUGAUCACCAGAUUUAUGUAUGAUAGUUUUGACAACACUUACCAGGCAACUAUUGGAAUUGAUUUCCUCUCAAAGACCAUGUAUUUAGAAGACCGUACGAUCAGGCUUCAGCUUUGGGACACAGCCGGCCAGGAGAGGUUCCGCAGCCUCAUUCCCAGCUACAUCCGGGACUCUGCUGCGGCUGUGAUUGUCUUUGACCUGACAAAUCUAAAUUCCUUCCAACAAACCUCCAAGUGGAUCGACGAUGUUCGAACAGAAAGAGGAAGUGAUGUCAUCAUCAUGCUGGUGGGGAAUAAAACCGACCUUGCAGACAAGAGACAAAUAACUACAGAAGAAGGCGAGCAGCGAGCUAAAGAACUGAGCGUGAUGUUCAUCGAGACCAGUGCAAAGACUGGCUAUAAUGUGAAACAGCUUUUCCGCCGUGUGGCUGCCGCUUUACCUGGGAUGGACAGCACUCCUGAGAAAAGCAAAGAUGACAUGAUUGACAUCAAACUAGAGAAACCUCCUGAGCAGCCAGUAUCAGAGAGCGGCUGCUCCUGCUAAAAGGGAUCCCGUUGUGCAGCGACUCCUUCCCGAUUGGCCAGUCCGAUCUCACCGAAGAGCAUCCCUUUUCAUUGACGAGAGAAGUGUAACUUUCCUGGGGUCUGAUAUGCAUUUGAGCCCCCCUCCCUGUACUGCGGACAGCCUUGGCUGCUCCCUCCCUACUGCAUGGUGUGAAUCCUCCAAUGUGUCCUGUCCCUUGUUGGUUGUUGCACUUGGGUGCGGUGGCACUCUUUUUUUACUAGGUUUCCUAUUGUGCGCGUGUUCACCUCGCUGUGUUGUCCUAUGAGGGGGAAAGGGGAGGGUACAGCCAAGGAGCUAGUGGAGCUGGGGCAUCCCUUGCUUCUUUAGUCUUGCUUUGGAUUUGCCCCUCUUUCCAGAGAUUGUUCCUUUGGUUGGAUUUGGCCAUGGCUCUUCCUGCAGCCUUGCAAAGUCCAGCGCUGGCUUCCUGCAAAGGGCGCACAGCCACCGGCCGCUCACUUUCCCAACUAUCCUCUUUCUUGGAAAAUAGAGAGGAAGGGCAACAAAAUUGUCAUUGUUUCUACUUUCAACUCCCCCCCCCCCCCUUUGUCUCUCUAGAUUGGCUUAGUUACCUUUAGUGACAGAUAAGCUGCCCUUUUUCUGGAAGAUUUUGGUGCUCAGUCAACACAAAUGAGGGCAGCAGGUAAAACUGGACUGAUUAGAGACCUUAUGUUGGAAACCUGGUUCCUGCAUAGUGACAAAAAAGGGAGUCUCAGUAUUAGGAGAUUAGGUAUUCUCAACUACUUUCUUAUACCUCUACUCUAUUUUUCCUCCUCCCCCAAUGCAUUCAGCAAGGUCUCUUUCUGAAGGAGCUGUGAACCUCACCGUUUUUAGCUGAAUUGAAACAGGGACGUGUAAAAUGCCAGGAGCUGCUAUUUUUGUAUAAUUUAUCACUUGUGUCUCAUUUUAAAUAUGCAAAGUGCUUUUUUCAUGCUUCAUAGCUCCAUUGUUGUAUUUUUUUCCCCCCGAUGGCUAUGAACAAGCACAUUCCUACCACUGUUGGGUGAGUCCAUGUCUAACUAUAGGCAGGACUCUCAUUUGAAUUAUAUUUUUUCAUUCUAUUGGGCUCACCUGGCCUUCAGAGUUGAAAGUGGAUGACAUCGUUAUUCCCCUUGAACGGGUCCAGCCACUGUAUAUGAAGUGAUAUAUAGUUAAAUAGAUAUAUAGGGUUUUGUGUUCUGGUAUAAUUCUCCUCCUCCCUCCUCCGCAACUUACUUUGAUACUUCAAGCUGUGUCUGACAUCUGCUUGCUCUGCAAAAGAGUGACUUGUUUACUGAAAGUCUUUAGAGGACAAAAAUUAGAUUUUGCAAAGAAUGU